AUGAAUACUGGUACACAACACUUUUGUGUGGAAGUGAUGAAGCGACUCGAUAUUGAACGAAAGAAUGGACAAUUCUGCGAUUUGAUUCUGGAGGUUGGGUCAGGAGACGAGAAAGCGCGUUUGGAAGCCCACAGAAAUAUAUUGUCUGCAGCAAGCCCGUACUUUUACAAGGCACUUAACAGUAACAUGAAAGAAAAAAUAGAAGGAGUAAUCCGUUUAGAUGAAACAAGCAAAGCUAUCAUGGAAGGAGUUUUGGAUUAUAUCUACACUGGAUAUGUAUCCGUCUCCGAAGACAAUGUUUACGAAUUGUUUGCAAAGGCAGAUUAUUUCGAUCUUCCCGCCCUGAAGUCCUUUUUGAGCAAUUUCAUUUUAGAAAACCUUUCCUUGUCUAAAUGCAUCGUGGCCUAUUAUUUUGCCUCAAAGUACCAGUGGGAGCAGUUGAUGAAAGGAACAAGGGCUUAUAUUCAGUCAAAUUUCUUGUCUGUUGCUGAAACCGAAGGUUUUCUAGCUUUAAGCUGUGAGCAAGUAAAGGAGUGGAUUUUAAGUGACGAAAUAAUCGUGGAUGCAGAAGAGAACGUUUUCGAGGUAGUUUUAAGAUGGAGUGAGAAGAAUGAGAGUAGAAAACGCGAAAAUUUCCGCGAUUUGUUUCGGCACAUCCGCUUUGUCCAUAUGUCGCGCGAUUAUUUGUUUCAAGUCAUUCUUUCGCAUCCUUUGGUAAGAGAUAAUGUAGAGUGCUCAUCUGUAGUGUUAAAUGCCAUGAAAUCAGCCUUCGAUGGAACAGAUAAUAGCCUUUUCUCGCAAGCACCAAGAAAUUGCUUGAAAACUCAUGAAGAUGUCAUUGUUGCCUGUGGAGAAAGAAAAGUGUUCUGUUACCUCCCUGAUGAUAAAGUAUGGUAUGAGAUGCCUGUAAUGGAUCACUGGCGCAACUCUCUCCAUCAUUCUGUGAGUGUAUGUCAUGGCAAACUGUAUGUAAUGGGUGGGAAUCAAGCCGGUGUAGUGGAGCAUUUUGACCCAUCCCUUGGCCGGUGGCAUGAAGUGAAUAUUCCAGAUAAAGUUGCCUACUCAUCUGCAGCUGUAACCAUGCACGGAUUUUUGUAUGUUGUGGGUAGGAAAGAAGGGAUUGGGAAUCAAUGUACUGUACACAAAUAUAGUCCUGACACAAAUCAGUGGCUUAAAGUUUGCCCACUGAGCACCCCCAGGUCAGAUGUGUGUGCUGUCACUGAUGGAAGUUAUCUAUAUGCUAUUGGGGGCACUGAUAAGACAGGACAAUACCUGAAUAUUGUUGAAAGGUUUGACCCUAGAAAAAAACACGUGGGAAAAUCUUCCUCCUAUGCUUGCAAGAAGAGCCAAUGCUGGGGGUGCAGUCAUCAAGCAAAGGUUGUUUGUAUUUGGAGGAGAUUCAAGAGAUAA